AUGAAUGUGCCACUUACUUUGGCAAAGCUGGAGUUGGAAGCUAAGUUUGUGAAGGAAAUAGCGAAGGAGAAGAUGGCGCAGUUGAGGGGGGCACAAGUCAGUUGGCGACAUGAGAGCUUCAAUAUACAAUGCUAUGCCUUUGGCUGGGACGACGACGUGAAGUCCCCGACCGACAAAGAAAUUGAAUCCCCUGAUGCCCUCACCGUUUCCUCCAAGGUGUGUUGGGCAAUAAGGCAGGGUUUUUGGACCUUUGUGGACAUGGCAAGCGGAAGUUAUCUCUGGAGGAAUUUGGUUUCCUCUUCCACUUCUUGUACAGGGAAGCGUGCUGAUUAG